AUGGAAGUAAGGUAGGUUUAUAUUAUCCUUUAUUUUAUUUGAUGUUUAGAGGAAAAGUUCUUUAUUCGAUUCAUGAUUUUUAGAGAAAAGUUCUUUAUUCAGUUCAUGGUUUUUAGAGAAAAGUUCGAUCUACUUGAAAAAUACCGGUUUCUUUUGGACGAGGAAGAGAUUGAUGCAUCGACGAUUAAUAAAAGUUUUGUGAGUUAUUGGACUUUAAAGGUUUAUUUAUUUGAUUUUAAAGGUUCAUUUCAUUGUAUUUCAAAGGUUUAUUUUAUAAGAUGCAUUCUAGAAUGUUAUUUUUUGACUACCUCACACUUACUAUAAUAUUGCGCAUUUCAUAACCUAUCAAUAAGAUCCUAUGACUUGAAAAGAGGAUGAAAAGUUAUUUUAAAAACUAUUCUUUUUCUGGCUAGCUUUGUGGCAAACAAUUGUUCCGGCUAGCUUUGUGGCGGUAUUCAAAGAUACGUCUACUAUAAUAUUAUUUUUUUUCUUCAAAACUGAUCAACUUUACGUAAAAACAUAUUAUUUACAAGGAAAGUACCCAAACUGCCUCGCUCAGAAUCAGCUGAAAAUUUUUAUAUGAAUUCCACCAAUAGUAGCUUUGAAAAUUUUAGCUCGCACAUAUGAGUUUUAAAUACAGGGUGUUCCGAGAAAUUUGGUCGCUAGAAAUAAUUCAUAACUUUGCAACUAUGCGUCCUAAAAAUGCCAAAUUUGGCACAGUGGUAAGACAGGCUAGUACAUUUUUUUAUGGAAAAUUUUGUUUUUUAAAAGUGCAAAUUACGGUCAUUGUGAAUUUUUAAAGAUCAGCAUUUCACACCUAAAUUACACAUAUUUUGGUUGUAAAUGAACAGUUUUCGUCGACUCUUGACAUUUUUUGGUUUCUUUUUUGGAAAACCGCGUUUUCUGUGUCUGCGAAGCCUCGGCGGAAGAACGGCGGACGUAGCCGAGUAUCGACGAAGACUAUAACUUGGCUCAAAUUUGUCGUACCGACAUGAAACAAAAAACUACACUGUUUUGAGUACGGUACUACCUAAAUAUUUCAUAUCACAAUAUACAGGGUGUCCAAAAUUUUUUGAAGGAAAGUAAAAGCUCCGAUCUCAAAAAGUACUGGUCCGAUUUGGACGAUUUUUUUUGCACUAGACUAGAAAUUGCUUGCGGAUUUGGUAUUGGUACAUGGUUUUAGAGUAUUCGGCGGAGGCUCGGCGGAGGUCGGCGGAGACUGAUUUUUUAAUGUUUUGAACAAAAAAUAUGUAAUUUUGUUUUCGCAUGCUGCCCAAACAUUACUCAAAAACAUUUUCUUUCAAUGAAAAACUUUUUUGCAAUGUCGGCGGACGAUCGGCGGAGAAAUUCGGCGAAGGCCAUAACUCGUCCAGUUCUUAAUAUUUUUGAACCGGACAAAAACCAGUGGUGUUCUGAAGCAUUUUUCUACAAAAUCGGCCAUACUUUAUAAAAAAUCGGUAAUUUUCAAAAAUUCGGCGGAGACACUUAAUUUCGGCGGAAGCCAUAACUCGGCCAGUUCUUAAUAUUUUUGAAUCGGACAAAAACCAAUCGUAUUCAUUGCCAUUGUUCUUUAAAUUGUCAAAGUUUAAUAAAGUAUCAACAAUUUUUAACAAAUCAGCGGAGACACCAGAUUUCGGCGGAAACCAUAACUCAUUUUAAAAGUUACCAAUUUUUUACAAAGAUUGUCGGUUUUUUAGAAAAAUGCUUCAGGGAUCGGAAAGAGAAGUGAUCAUCAUGACAACAGCGAGGACUCAGAAGCUCGGAUUCUUGGCUUGUGAUUUGGUAGGGGUGUUUAAAAGGCCCAGACUGGGAUUUGAUCAUUUAAAGGGUUUUAAUUUUUUUGUUUUUGAAACUUUUUUACGUUUAUAAGGUGCUAAUGAUCUGGAUUUAAUAAUAAAUAUUAAAAUUUUUCAAUUUUUAAAUGUAAAAUGACCUUUUUUAGCGUCUGAACACAGCCAUCACCAGAGCCCAACGUCUUCUCAUUAUAGUUGGGAACAGAAACAAUUUGGAUCGAGAUGACACUCGGAGAAAGUAAGCUGAAAACCUUUCAAAAAUUCUCUUCAUGUACAGCUAGAUACUAUCUUGACUCUACUGGAAUAGUUGUUAACACCAAUAAUUUGCUUUUACAAUCAUUUCUCUUGUAGGUUCAUCAACUAUAUUGUCAAAAACAAAGCAAUGUACGACCGUAUUCCCGAUGAACCUUCCGUCCUGGAAUUUGCUGACUCCGAACCUGGUGACAUUGAUAAAGCGUGGGCCGACAAGGUGGCCCAAUGUGAGAUCACAUCAGAAAAGAAGAAGACAAGAAAAAGAAGGUACAAACAAAAGAAGGCAAGAAGGCUCAAAAGCUUCAAAUGCUAA